AAUUUAAAUAAAAAAUAAAUACAAGUAAAAAAGAAAAAACAAAUUAUACCUAGUUUAACUUUAAAAAGAAAAAUUUUUGUAGAUUUUAUUAAUAAAUUAAUUAGAAACUAAAUAUACAAUAAAUUUAAAAUAAAAUUAACAUAACCAACUAAGUAAAUUUAUAUAAAACUUAAUUUAAUUAUAAUUGUAUUUAAAAAAAAUAUUUCAAUAACGAAUCACAUACUAAAUAUAAUCAAAAUGCCAUUAUUCGGUAAAUCCCAAAAAAGUCCAGCUGAGCUGGUGAAAGCUCUUAAGGAAGCUGUCAACUCAUUAGAACGAGGCGAUAAAAAAGCUGAAAAGGCACAAGAAGAUGUCAGUAAAAAUUUGGUUUUAAUCAAAAAUAUGCUGUAUGGUACAUCAGAUUCUGAACCUCAAACAGAAUACGUAGUAGCACAACUAUCACAAGAAUUAUAUAAUAGUAAUUUAUUACUGUUAUUAAUACAGAACUUAAAUCGGAUCGAUUUUGAAGGGAAAAAAGAUGUGGCUCAAGUUUUUAAUAACGUUUUACGACGACAGAUUGGUACUAGAUCUCCAACUGUUGAAUAUAUAUGCACUAAACCAGAGAUUUUAUUCACAUUAAUGGCUGGCUAUGAACAUCAAGAAAUUGCAUUGAAUUGUGGGACAAUGUUAAGAGAAUGUGCACGAUAUGAAGCUUUAGCUAAAAUAAUGUUACAUUCAGAAGAAUUUUUCAAUUUCUUUCGAUAUGUCGAAGUAUCAACAUUUGAUAUUGCUUCAGAUGCUUUUUCAACAUUCAAGGAAUUAUUAACACGUCACAAAAUAUUAUGUGCUGAAUUUCUUGAAGCAAAUUAUGAUAAAGUUUUUACACAUUAUCAGCGAUUAUUAAACUCAGAAAAUUAUGUUACAAGGAGACAAAGUUUAAAAUUACUUGGUGAAUUAUUAUUAGACAGACAUAAUUUUACUGUUAUGACAAAAUAUAUAUCGAAUCCAGAUAAUUUAAAGCUUAUGAUGAAUAUGCUUAAGGAAAAAUCAAGAAAUAUACAAUUUGAAGCCUUCCAUGUUUUUAAAGUUUUCGUUGCAAAUCCCAAUAAACCAAAGCCAAUAUUGGAUAUUUUAUUACGAAAUCAGGCAAAAUUGGUUGAUUUUUUAACGAAAUUCCAUACAGACCGAUCGGAGGACGAACAAUUUAAUGACGAAAAAGCGUAUCUAAUUAAGCAAAUAAAAGAGCUUAAACCACUUCCUGAACCUCAGUGAUAUAUUAAUAAUAAUAAUAAUAAUAAUAAUUAUUUCAUAUAUUAUAAUAUCAUUAAUUAUUAAAAUUAAACUUUGAAAACAAUAAAAGCAAAAAAAAAGUAAAAAAAAAAUAUUAUACAUUUAAAUUAAAAUUAAAUAAAGCAGAAAAAAAGCCACAAAA